UCUUCAACAGCAGUCGGCCGACGUGGUAGGCUUAAUCGACGUCACCGUCGACGGACGCGGGACUCACGCCAGUCCCCGUUCUGUACCUUCGCUUUUGCACAAAAUCCCAAUCAGCCGACAUUUCGAAGAAGAAUAAGUGAGUGAUAUCGUUCGAAAAGUGAAACUCAGUGGAACUAAAUCAGCCAGACGAAGGAUCGUUUAAAACAGGAUCAAGGUGUGUGAUUGAAUUGCACAGGUGGAACGGGGUAGCAACAAAAAUUUGUGCGUGCAGAAAAGCCGACCGGGAUUUUGAGAGAAGGCCAACAUGCCGGUGAUGUCGACUGAGAGUGCCGGUGACGAUCAACAGGCCACUGCAGUGACCAUCAAACACGAAUCGUCUGCUAGCAUGCAUCAGUUGCUAUCGAAUUCCGUGGCGGCCGCAACAGCCUCCUCGGGCGGCGGGCUCGGUAGCACCAUCGGCGGCAUUGUCGGCAGUGAACAUUCGCCGUCGCCGACGACGCUUUGUGGAGGAUGCGGAUUCAAAAUCACCGAUCGUUACUAUCUGGUAGCCGUUGAAAGAGCCUGGCACAGCGAGUGUCUCAGGUGCGGAGAGUGCCGACGGCCGCUAGACACUGCCCUCUCCUGUUUCGCUCGCCAGUCACGCAUCUACUGCCGCGACGACUACUACAGAUUGUUCGGCGUGAGACGUUGCAACCGCUGUUGCCUGCCGCUCGGAUCCAACGAACUGGUCAUGAGAGCCCGCGACGCCGUCUUCCACCUGGCUUGCUUCACUUGCGCCGCAUGCAACCAGCCGUUAACGAAAGGCGACAUUUUCGGGAUGCGGGACGGCAUCGUUUAUUGCCGACUUCACUACGAGAUGCUGCAACAUCCGACGGGUUCCUUGGGCUCAACGCAUCAGCCACAUCAGCACGGCCUAAUAAUGCCGCAUCAGCACAUACAGGGAAACAAUAACGGCCUAAUGGGCAGCUCAGAUGGCCCUUGCGAUCUCUCGUCGUGCGGACCUCACCACGGCCUUUUGCCUCCGUCAGGAUUUCAUCAUCCGCAUCAUUUGAUACCGCCGGAAUCAGUCAGCCCAAGCCAACACAUGAUUAACAUCCUCUCUUCAGCCAGCAUAGGAGAUCCAGCUGUCGAUGCGUCUUAUCCAUCCGGAAUGCGUCCGAACGUCUUCGGUGGGAGCGUGGCCGGCGGUGGACAAGAUUACCUCCACAAUCCAUCAGUCAACGAUUUUCAACGAUGUUUAGGCGGCAGUGGAUCGGCUGUUUCCAGUUUCUUCCCUUCGUUAUCGGGAGGUCUCGGUAACGCCGGCCUAGGAGGAAGCUCACCCAGCGCUGGAUCGAUGGGACAUCAUCACAGUGUUCAGAAAGGCAGGCCGCGAAAACGAAAGAUUCCGGCUGCAGCAGCGGCAGUGACAGCAGCGGCCGCUCUCGCCCAUUCCGGCAACAAUAACAACAACGGCAAUGUUGGUGGCUCGACGGGCAAUCACGCGGACUCGUCCAUUCUCGGUCAGCAACAACACCUGAACGCUGCCAAUUUGAGACAACUCACUGCAGGAAUCGACAUGUUGGGUUCAAGCGCGGAUCUGUCUUCGAUGGAGGGAAUGGUGUACGACAGUUCGGGCACAAACGGAAGCGCCAGUGGAGGUGGCGGAGGCGGAUCUUCGUCCCAACAACAGCAGCAACAACAGAGGACAAAGCGGAUGCGAACGUCCUUCAAACACCACCAACUACGAACCAUGAAGUCCUACUUCGCCAUCAAUCAGAACCCGGACGCCAAGGAUCUCAAACAACUGGCUCAAAAAACGGGUCUCUCCAAACGCGUCCUCCAGGUUUGGUUCCAGAACGCCAGAGCGAAAUGGCGCCGCAACAUAAUGCGACAGCAAGAUGGCGGCGGCAGUGGCGGCGGAGGCGGAGUGGGCGGAGGCGGAGGAGGGGCUGGCGGAACGUCUUCGAUCAAAGAUGGCGACCUUCUGACAGCGUCGGCGUCGUCGUCGCAGCUCGAACAACAACAACAGCACCCUCAUCACCAUCAUCAUCAUCAACAGCCGCAUCAACCGCAACAACCGCACCGCGUUUCGGCCUCCCUGGGUGAGCUGACUCCACCGGGAAGCGCUGGCGGCAUGACCCACUCGUCAGCCGUCUCCAACGAAGACGCCAGCUCCAAUUUAGUCUUCAGUGAUCUGUACUAGAAAUAACUACAUACAUGCUACUUACACCGCUGUACCACAAUAGAAUUUUUUGACCCUUAAUAUACACAAUGAUUGCCAACUGAUUGGUACCCAAACAAACGCAACUAUAUACGUACAAUAUGGAGACGAAGAGAGGACAACUUCGAAUUCUCGAAAUUGAUUGUGUCUCUCAAUGAUUUGGUGCUGUCGUCUUUGCUCUUUGUAAUUUUUGUUUUGAUUUUUUUUUUCUUUUUCAAUCGAGUUUUUGUUGCAGUUUCACAUUUUGCCAGCGUUACGUAGGACUAUGACAUCGCUAACGACGUCGUUGAAUUUGCUCUCUUUAUGAAUCUAUAUAAAGACUUGUGUACUACACGACGUCGGUGUAGAGUUGAUGUAGAUUGUUAUCGUCCUUCAGCUGCAUAAUCCGAUCCCUUUCUUUUUUCUUUUCUACAAGGUUCUUUUUGUGACACAUUUAAGUUCACGAUUUGCUCGGGGGGAUUCUUGCAAAAUAGUUUCGUUUUUCCGAUUACGAUCGGUUCGUGAUCUAAAGGAAUAAUCAAUUAAUUUUCUUUCGGGGACUAGAGAUCGUGCCAAGUGAAGCAGAUCUUUUGAUCCUUUUUUGGUUUGUUUUAUUUUUCUUUUUUUCUCAAAUUUUUUUUGGUUGUUUAACGAAAAGCCCUUUUUGGUUGAAAUUCUAUGGAAUAUGUGUUUAAAAAAUGGAUUUACAUACAUUAAUUUAUACACGAGAUUCCUCACCGCUGACGGCGGCUGUUGCGAUGUGUUCAGCACAUCCCUUAAAAAAGUUGCCGUCGGGGAAUGUCAUCAACGUCAUUCUCAGUGACGAUUUUCAUGAUGAAACAAUAAACGUUCCUGUCUUUGCA